AUGACAGAGUUCAUUAUUAUUAACGGCGGGGAUGUUAAUAUCAGAGAUAAAGAAGGAAAAUCUGCUCUUCAUAUGGCAUUAGCAGAAAAUCGCAGUGACAUUGCAGCACUUCUUAUCUCACAUGGUGCAGAUGUCAAUGCCAAAGAUAAUGAUGAUAAAUCUAUCCUUCAUUAUUCAGUUGGUAAGAAAAACAAAGAUAUAACAAUGUUACUUCUUUCACAUGGAGCAAAUAUCAAUUCAAUCGAUUCUUAUAUGAAAACACCACUUCAUUAUGCAGCAUUUCUGAACUACAAAGAAUUAGCAGAGAUCCUCAUUUCAUAUGGCGCUGAUAUCAAUGCAAGGGAUUAUGAUAGAAAAACUCCUCUUCAGUAUUCAAUAAUCCAAAAAGCUAACGAAACGGCAAGGCUACUUAUUUCGAAAGGAGCUGAUAUUAAUGCAAAAUCGAAUUUAGAAAUCACUGCCCUUCAUAUUGCUCUUCAAAUGAAUAACAAAGAAAUAGCGGAAAUGCUUAUAAACUGUGGGGCUGAUAUCAAUGCAAAAGAAGAUCAAGGACUCGCUAUAAUUCAUUAUGCUAUAAUGUCGCAAAAUCAAGAUCUAGUGGAAAUUGUCCUUUCACAUGGGGCAGAUAUCAAUGAAAAAAGCAAUGCUGGAUAUACUCCUCUUCAUGGUGCUGCGGAAAAAAAUUCCAUAAAAAUAGCAGAAUAUCUCAUUUUGCAUGGAGCAGAUAUUAAGGCAAUCGAUAAAAGAGAUCGAACUGCUUUUGGUAUCGCCAUUGCAUUUAAUAGUAUAGAAACAGCAAAACUUCUUUUUUCAUAUGGCUCAGAUAUUAAUUCAAAAGAUAUUUAUGGAUAUACUUCUCUUCAUUAUGCGAUACUCAAAAAUAAUAUCGAAUUGAUACAUUUUUUGAUUUCCAAUGGAAUAAAUAUAAAUGCAAAAUCUAACAAAGAACAAACAGCACUUCAUUUUGCAUCAAUAUCAAACAAUAAAGAAUUAAUAGAGCUUCUUAUCUCAAAUGGAGCAGAUAUAAAUUCAAAAGACAAUGAAGGCAACACACCUUCAACAUAUGCCCAAAAAUAUCGUGGUAAAAUUGUAGUCGUGGAUUUAAAUUAG